AUGUCGAUCCUUUGUUCUGGUUCUGAGCUCCAUUGUUCUGGUUUUGCUUCAGUAUUUGUUAGUAUUCUUGAAAAGGGGCUGGAGUUUCUAAAUUGCAUGAUGGAAGGUUUUACUCUAGUCUCUGAUAGUUUACUGUACAUGAAGCUUUUCUUCUUCAAUGCCACCUUCUUUACAUCUGGAUUUCAUGACUCGCUCGAAUUUUUGACACCCUGUUAUGAUGGAGAAGAUGCAUUUAAUGCCUCACUACCGAUACACAAUCAUAAUGAAAUGGUCGUUGAAUCAGCUUUCCCCCAUAUGUUUUCAGAUCCAGUCAUCCAGUUGAGCUUUCCAGGUUACAACAACCAUAGACAAAUAAUGGCUAGUGAUCCAUUUCUGUCCACAUUUCAAGAAGCACAAGAAGAAGCACUGAGCAAUCUCUAUGUAGCAAAUAAUGGUGAUAUGGUCAAUGGCAAUGUGCCAUAUUCGAGAAAUAUGCCUCAUGUUGGAAAUGUUUCAUAUGAUGGUUCCAGUGGAAAUGCUGACUUGGGGGAACAUUUCAUGGGGACUUCUCUGCCUGCCACUUCGCUUGUCAACCUUGUUUCCGGCACAACAUGUUUACGUGAAAAUCUUAUCAGUGUUGAUGCUGCUUCAACUUCCUCAUUGCCAUCUAAGGAGAUGAGAACCUCUAUUUCUAGUGAUUGCUGCAAUACUAUAAAUUCAUCCAAGACAGUUUCAGUAAAUUGCGAAUUUGAGUUGCAAGAUGAUGCAGGCCUUCUGACAUCCAAAAAGGAUGCUUGUUUGAAUCAGCAACUAAAUUGUUCAUGGAAUUAUGAUGUUCUAGGUCCUGAGGUGCCUUCAGGUAAAACAUUUGCCUCAAUUCGUCCAUCUUAUCAUGAAUUAGAAAGCUCAGUGCCUGGCUGGAAGUCUAGUGUAAAUUUUCCUUAUUUAUUCCAUGACUGUGUGCCAUUUAAUGAGCUGUCUCUGAGUCUUGGCUCCGGUCAGCCUUCUAUUAUCAGCAUGCCUGAAGUCCUGAAGCAGUGCUCGGAAGCAAGCUGCCCCGGCAUAAUUACGUCAGACAAUAGUAGAUGUCCGGUUUCUACUGAAAUGCCAGCCUGCUCUCAUGCUUCCUGGAAUUCUUCUCAUGAUGUUGGCUUGGGGCUGACCUUCGCUAACAAUGAGAAGUUCUCUCUGUAUCCUAGAUCUUCUAGGCCAGUUCAUUUUUCCCAUAUGCUAUUAGGAUCAAGAUAUCUCCAUGUGAUGCAACAAAUACUUGCUGAAGUUGCAACCUAUGCGGUUGCAGAUUCGAAUGAGAUGAACAGUGACUCUUUUGGUGGGAUUGGGGGUGAGGAAAAGAUGACUUUUUCUUCAGGUUGCUCUAAUUUACGAGAACUUGCAAUGUCUGAUGAAUUUCCUUUUUCUUCUGGAGAAAUUAAAUCUCAAGGCCAUGUUGAUGGCCAACGAUGUCAGGAAGUUUAUACAAAGAAAACCGAGCUAGCAACAAUGCUUCAUCUGGUUGACCAAAGAUAUAACCAAUGCAUAGAACAGAUCCAUAAUGUCAUAUCCACAUUCUACAGUGCAACUGAGUCAGGCACUUCUCACAUGCAUGCGUUGUUUGCUCUUCGGGCAAUUUUUUCCCUUUAUAAAAACUUGAGGGAGAGAAUUACCAGUCAGAUUCUUGUGAUUGCCCAACAAUGUAGCACCUUAUGCAUGAGAGAGGAGAAAAGCUUUGGAUCUUCUUUGAUCCAGAAACAAUUGGCAUUGCAGCAGCUGAGGAGCCACCAUCAGCAAUCUUGGAGACCUCAAAGAGGCUUGCCAGAAAAAUCUGUCUCGGUUCUACGUGCAUGGAUGUUCCAUAACUUUCUGCACCCGUACCCAAAAGACAAUGAGAAGCAUUUGCUCGCGAUCAAAAGUGGUUUGACAAGAAGCCAGGUGUCCAAUUGGUUUAUAAAUGCACGGGUUCGUCUAUGGAAGCCUAUGAUAGAGGAAAUGUACUCUGAACUUAAAAGGAAGAAUCAACCUGAAGGAUCAGAUGGUGAAAGCAGAGUCCAUGGAAACAUUGGCAGUCAAUGGUUCUAAUGAAUUGAGGUGUUUAAAUCUUGCCUGUGAUUUAAUGUCAACACACUAAUCAGGCAGAUGUUCCAUCGCAAUUCAUCUGAUCUAGAAUGUAAGCUUAUCAUCAAUUUAUCUUUCUUUUGUUGGUUUGAUUGGCUCAAUGCAGUCACUGGAGAUUGGUCUGCAUUAACAAUUAGGUGAUUUGGUUGACCAUCUGAAUUUGGAACAGUGCAGAACUUGUAUGAUGA